UUUCUCUUCUCAAUAGCUGGUGAAAGUUCUUUCUGAUCUAUAAAUUUUCAAGCAGGAGUCGAGGUAUGCCAAAUGAGGUAACAUUCGAAGAAGACCCUCGAAUAGGGAUGAAUUCAACGCAUGUCUCAAAUAUGCUACUGUCUGAUUGGCUGGGUAUUGACGGCGUCAAAUAUGGCUUUUUGAAUGCGGAGAACUUCCCCGAUCGUGGAAGGUGGAGAAGUGUGCUCACUAAGUGGGAUGGGGAACUGUACAGUACCUACGUAUUUCUCGGCUACUGCAGCCUAAUAAGCUAAGAACCCCAUUCCUGGCCAGACCUCAAGAUACAAGCUUUCUUAUAUUCCAGCCUUCUCAAAGACUUGUUUUUAUAACAAUCGGCAGAAAACAAUAAUGGGGAACUUUAGUAUUGCAAGUUCUAGAGAAGCGUUCCCUGCAUUGAAACAGGAGCAAGUGUUUUUUGAUAACGCGGGAGGAAGUCAGACGUUGGGAAGCGUCAUUGAUUCGUAAGCUGUCCAAGUAAUGUAUUCCAUAACUACCAGCGUUUAACGAUUUGUUAGAAUCUGCGAAUAUCUAUCCAAAACUAAUGUUCAACUCGGAGCUACUUACAAUAUUGGUAAAAAGUCCACAUCACUUUACUCCGCCGGUUACGAAGCGGCAGCAAAAUACAUCAAUGCCACACCGGACAAUAUCGGCAAGCUUCCCACUUCAUCGAAUUUUCUUCAAUCUUACUAAUUCAAUACAGUCUUGGGCUCAUCAACAACUCAGUUAUUCCGCAAUCUCUCCUUUGCCUUCGAUUUCCCUGAAGGCUCAGAGAUAAUCUGUUCAUCCAUCGACCACGAAUCCAACAUCUCAGCAUGGGUAGACCUCGCUUCACGACGAAACUACAUCUUAAAAUGGUGGACGCCAAAGACGAGAGAGAAUCCCAAACUCCUAGCUGAAGAUCUGAAGGAAUUGCUCUCCGAAAAGACAGCUCUUGUCACGUGUACCCAUGCCUCCAACAUUCUCGGAACAAUACAUGAUAUCAAAGCAAUCGUCAAAGUAGUCCGUACGAUUCCCGAUGCUUUACUGUGCGUUGAUGCCGUGGCAUAUGCUCCUCAUCGGCAAAUCGAUGUCAGAGACCUAGGAGUGGAUUUCUACUGCUUGUCAUGGUACAAAGUAUGCAUCCCACUUCCCUUCCUGUCAGAUGCAUACUAAAGAGAUUAGGUCUACGGCCCCCACAUGUCCAUGCUCUACGCCUCAUAUACAGCUCUCAUGUAUGUCAAAUCCCUAGGCCACUUCUUCAAUCCCUCCGCUAGUCUUCAAGAUAAACUCGGUCUAGCAGGAUCAUCAUACGAACUCGUCGCGUCCAUCCCCUCCGUACUCUCUUACUUCGGACCCAACCCCACAGAAUCCUGGGCUGCAAUCGAGAAACAUGAAUUCGAACUCCAAAGUGCGCUUCUUAAUUAUCUCAAUGCCCGCUCAGAUGUCACGAUUUGUGGAGAGAAAGAUGCAGAUACGAAGAAGAGAGUUGCGACUGUUAGCUUCCUCGUGAAAGGGAGGAAGAGUGAGGAAGUUGUUGAGAAGGUUGAUGAGUUGAGUAAGGGGAAUAUGGGGAUUCGAUGGGGUGGGUUUUAUAGUGUGAGGUUGUUGGAGGAUUUUUUGGGGUUGGAGAAAGAUGGUGUGGUUAGGGUUAGUAUGGUGCAUUAUAAUACUUGUAAGUUUGGAUUCCUGCUAUCAUGGUAUGGUAAAUGGCUUGCUAAUUUGUCAACAGCGGAUGAGGUGAAAGUUCUUUUGGGACUGUUUGACCAAGUUCUUGGGAAGAAUUAGGAAAUUUCAAAUUCAUAUAUUAUGUCAGAGACUCCCAUGCAAUCAACAAUGUUGUAUCAUAUAUAUCACAAGAAUUCUAU